AUGUAUCUUUACAACGAUCAGGAAACUGGUGAUACGCUUUUCUCUAAUGCUUUUUUCAAAAUGGAAAUCUUCGGUGACGUGUUGUUUGAAGCUCAGGGGAAUAUUGUGAAAGCAGUAGAAGUUGAUAUAAGUAGUAGGUUGCCUACGCUCGAGAUGCGAAAAGAUCAUGUAAAAAAGGCAACUACAUCUACACAGAGAGAAGCUCAACGGGUGUGGACAUUGUUGAAACGCUCAGGCUACAAGUUAGAUUUUAGAGACUUUGGUGCUUAUCUCGAGAAGUACUCCAAGAAAACUGUUAAAGCCCUUGCCGGAGACAAGGAAGCGUUUAUUCAAAAUUUCAUGUCGGAAGCAGCAAAGUACCUCCUAAACUUUUAUGAUAGCUUCCGGUUGUAA